AUGGGGAAGACCUCCGCAAAAGAUGUUGCGGAGCUCAAAGAUUAUCAAUUGGGUGAUUGCUUGGGUCGUGGUGCAUUCGGGUCUGUGUACAGAGCUCUGAACUGGAACACCGGGGAAACAGUUGCGGUCAAACAAAUAAAGCUUGCGGACCUUCCAAAGAGUGAAUUGCGGGUCAUCAUGCUCGAGAUCGAUCUCCUGAAGAACUUAGAUCAUCCAAAUAUCGUGAAGUACCAGGGUUUCGUCAAAUCGGCCGAAACUUUGAACAUCAUUCUUGAAUACUGUGAGAAUGGCUCUCUGCACUCUAUCGCCAAAAACUUCGGCCGUUUCCCUGAGACCCUAGUGGGUGUAUAUAUGUCUCAAGUUCUCCACGGUCUUCUUUACCUACACGAUCAGGGUGUCAUACACCGAGACAUCAAGGGUGCAAAUAUUCUUACCACAAAAGAAGGCCUGGUCAAGUUGGCAGAUUUCGGUGUGGCUAGCCGAACGACCGGUUUAAACGAGUCAAGCGUUGUUGGAACGCCAUACUGGAUGGCUCCUGAAGUGAUCGAGCUGACUGGAGCAACAACGGCGUCUGACAUAUGGAGUCUUGGAUGCACUGUCAUCGAGUUGCUGGAAGGAAAGCCCCCGUAUUAUAACCUGCAACCAAUGCAGGCUCUUUUCCGCAUCGUUCAUGACGAUCACCCACCCCUUCCGCAAGGUGCUUCACCAGCAGUCAAAGAUUUCUUGAUGCAGUGUUUCCAGAAAGACCCCAAUCUUCGUGUGUCUGCGCGAAAGCUUCUAAAGCACCCGUGGAUCGUGAACGCUCGAAGGUCUGACUCGGUAGUUCCAAAAAAGUCAACCGAAUACGAAGAGGCAGUGAAAAGUGUACAGGAGUGGAAUGAGGCUCUACGUUCACCGGAGUCAAGUACCCUGAAGAGAGGUAAUAGAGGCGACAACCAGAACCCACCGUCCUUGCGGCUCGACACUCGGUAUACUCCAACCAAAGUUACGCUUCCGAGCCCGGUCUCCAGAAAUGUUGCGGACAGGUUUAGUUCCCCUAGCUCUGAAGAAGAUAACUGGGACAAUGAUUUUGCUACUGCCAUCUCACCGAGUGCACUGCAGCUGCCUCACCUUCGUCCGCACGACAAUUUCGGAGGCAUGCUUUCUUCUGAGAAAUUAAAGGCAUUUGCCUCGCUUGAUGGUACAGUUUUAAAGUCCGACGAUAGCUUUGAGGACAUCGAUGACCCCUUUGGAAGGUCUCUGCAGGCCGGAGAACAUGACCCACUGAAGACUAUUCGACCUUCGCCAUCGCAGCAGGCAAACGCAGGAAUAUCGCAGCCUCAGAACGGACCGUACGGCGCGCAAAUGCGACGGGGCCCGCCUCUAAAUACCGCCAUAAACCCAACUCAUGGCGGACAAGCGAGCCAGAAUUCGUCAUCGCCUAUACGGCAACAGCGUCCGCCGUUGUUCUAUAAGGAAAAUUCGGUCGAAGAUUAUUCCGAUAUCAUCUCAGCUAAUGAGGACGUCCUUGACCGCAAAAUUAGUGCUUUCCAAGAGAGCGAUGACAAUAGGGACUCGCCAGAGCCGGCAAGGUCCAGGGAAGUUGUUCGGUAUCAGAGUUCAUCCGAGCAAGAAGAUUCGCCCCAGCUCGGAAGACAGAUAUCAGUUAAGCGAUACCGGGGGACAGUCGAAAUCCAGCAAUUUGCCGAGAACGAACACGAUGAAGACUUCUCUGAUAUUCUAGGCGUCGAUGGGGUCACGUUAGACAAAGCGGAAAGCGACGACGGAUCAACUAAGAGCACCUUAAUGCUAAACACGAAGUUGUCGAACAAUUCUUGGCUAGGAGACUUGGAUGACGAGGAUGAUCCUUUCGCGCAGCUUGAGGAAGGCCUCGACGAAACGGACCUCGAAGCUAAUAUCGCCCGUGACAAGCAUGCCCGACUACGUAACCAAGUUGAAGGGUUGGUCGGUUCUUUGAAAACGUCGCAAGACGAAGAGGUACUUGGAGAUAUAUCCGAGCAACUCUUGGCCGUCUUCUGCGAUUUCCCAGAGACGAAAAAUAUCAUCAUCAGUGCUCAUGGCAUGCUGCCAAUAUUGGAGAUUCUUGAUCUAUGCCGUCGUCGCGACAUUACUUUGUGCUUGUUGAAAAUUGUCAAUGCAAUCAUCUAUGAUGAUUACGAGAUACAGGAGAAUCUUUGCUUCGUCGGAGGUAUUCCCAUUAUUAACGAAUUUGCUGCGAAAAAAUAUCCUCGAGAGAUACGACUCGAGGCGGCAGCAUUUGUGCAGCAGAUGUACCAAACGUCAACACUGACCCUCCAGAUGUUUGUUAGUGCGGGUGGCCUGAAUGUGCUAGUUGAAUUCCUAGAGGACGAUUACGAGGACGAACGGGACCUUGUCCUGGUGGGAGUUAACGGUAUCUGGAGUGUUUUCGAGUUACAGGGCUCGACUCCAAAGAAUGACUUUUGCAGAAUCUUGUCACGCAGUUCUGUUUUAGAUCCGCUGUCCCUUGUUCUGAGCCGGGUGUUGGAUGAAGAAGGCGAGUUGGCCGGGAUUGUGGAAGGCCGUAUUGCAAAUAUCUUCUUCAUCUUUUCGCAGGCCGAGAACCAUGUCAAGGAAAUGGUUUCUGAGCGCACGGUUCUACAUAGGGUCUUGAAAGAACUGAAGCGUAUGACGCCCGCCCACCAGAUAACUAUGCUGAAGUUCAUUAAGAAUCUGUCUAUGCUGUCAACAACACUCGACGCUCUUCAGAACUCAAACGCAAUUGACGUUCUUACAGAUCUCUUGCGGUCUACUAUGAAGCGACCACAUUUCCGGGAGGUUUCUAACCAGAUCCUGAACACAAUCUAUAAUAUGUGCCGCCUGAACAAGUCCCGACAAGAAGAUGCCGCUUUGAACGGCAUUGUGCCUUUGCUCCAGAAAAUUGUAAAGACCGGAAGUCCCCUCAAGGAGUUUGCGUUGCCUAUCCUGUGCGAUAUGGCGCAUUCUGGAAAGGUUGGCCGUCGGGAGUUGUGGCGAAAUAAGGGACUUGCUUUUUACAUCUCAUUACUUGCUGACCCGUACUGGCAAGUGACAGCUUUGGACGCAAUUUUCAUAUGGCUCCAGGAAGAGACGGCUAAAGUGGAAGAGCAUUUAUUGGAGAAUCGUUACGACCAGCCAUCAUUUACUGACGCGAUUGUGAGGUGCUUGACGUUAUCUAAAGCAAAUGCCUUUGAGAACAUCCUUGAACCCCUUCAAAAACUUCUGAGGCUCAGUCCUCCCAUUGCUUCGACUCUUGCACGCCCAGACUUGUUCAGCAGGAUAGGGCAGAAACUCCACCACGCCAAGGCCGCGGUCCGCUUGAACCUUCUGCGCAUUAUAUCCAGCAUCUGCGAUGCUAGCGAACAUCAGGGUGGGCUACUUGCAGGAUACGGGCUGUUGGAGGCAAUCCAUGAGCUAGAGCAUGACCCUGCGGUUCUUGUCCGUGAUAUGGCUGGAAAGCUAAUCAAGUCCAACGAGCGAAGUGAAUCGUACGGACUUGGUAAGCUGAAACCAAAUGUUAGACGAGGGAGUACGUCUGCGACGCCUCCAGGUCACUUUGUCAACCAGUCUGCGCCUGUGACACCGCAGUUGGGUAGACAAGGCCAGCCAAAAGCCUACUUCGAUGGUAGGGAAACGCAACGGCGCCCAAGGUCUGCGAUCAGUGGCUCUGCAUUGGCUCUCCGUCCUGGGAGCAGAGAUGGGCCGACAACGGGUAUCGGUGUAAACGGGAGUUCCGGUCCCUCACGAAGCCGGAUAGCUCGCGGAGUGUCCAACAGGUUAUCGCACGUUGACCUGCUUCCCGAGGACGAUAAUCGACCAUCGAGUUCUAUAUCUCGUCGGCCGUCUAUUCUCCCAAGACGCCGACGGUUGACGCAGUUCGAGGCAGAACGAGGGCCCUAA